UGGAUGAGUGCUCCCUAUGUGUGUGUGCCUUUGAGAGAGAGAGAGGGAGGGAGCGAGCCAGAAAGAGAGCGAGCGGGGAAGGGAGCGCCUGCUAGUGCAACUGCCCGUGCCCGGAGCGUCCUCGGUCCCUGCACGGGACAGGCAAAGGCGCGAGAGGAGCCAGGAUCCGUGGUGGCUGGCGUCAGAAAGGGGCCCCCGCUCUGCCCCAGCAAGCGCGCUGUGCUAGCAUGUGCGGGGCAGCCCCUCGCUAGCUAGCCCAGCCGCUCCAAGCAGCAGCAGCAUGGCUCCGAAGAAACGAGCGGCGUCAGACGGCUUGUGGCUGCGGGCGGGAGUCUGCCUGCUGGCCUGGACGGCCUUUUGCCGCGUCCGGGCCAGCGCCUGUCCCGCGCCGUGCGCCUGCAGCGGCACGACGGUAGACUGUCACGGGCUGGGGCUCCGCAGCGUCCCCAAGAACAUCCCGAGGAGCGCUGAACGGCUGGAGCUGAAUGGGAAUAACAUUACCCGCAUCAACAAGAAUGACUUUGCUGGACUGAAGCAGCUGCGAGUUCUGCAGCUGAUGGAAAACCAGAUCUCUGUGGUGGAGCGAGGGGUGUUCGACGACAUGAAAGAGCUGGAGCGACUCCGUCUGAAUCGGAACCAGCUGCACACUUUGCCAGAGCUCCUGUUCCAGAAUAACCAGGCAUUGUCACGACUGGACCUGAGUGAGAAUCUCCUUCAGGCUGUGCCCCGGAAGGCAUUUCGUGGAGCUACUGACCUCAAGAAUUUGCAACUGGACAAGAACCACAUCAGUUGCAUUGAGGAAGGAGCCUUCCGUGCUCUCCGUGGCCUGGAGGUUUUGACCCUGAACAACAACAACAUCAGCACCAUCCCCAUUUCCAGCUUCAACCACAUGCCCAAAUUGCGCACCUUCCGCUUGCACUCCAACCAGCUGUUCUGCGAUUGCCACUUGGGCUGGCUCUCCCAGUGGCUGCGCCAACGACCCACCAUUGGGCUCUUCACACAGUGUGCUGGCCCUGCUCCCCUGCGUGGCCUCAAUGUUGCAGAGAUCCAGAAGAACGAAUUCAGCUGCUCAGGUCAGAACGAUGCUUCCAGGGCCCAGAUCUGCAGUUUUUCAUCUGGCUCCUGUCCUGCCAUGUGCACCUGCAGCAAUGGCAUCGUGGACUGUCGCGGCAAGGGGCUGACGGCCAUCCCUGCCAACUUGCCUGAGACCAUGACUGAGAUACGCUUGGAACUGAAUGGCAUCAAGUCCAUCCCACCUGGAGCCUUCUCAUCAUACAAAAAACUACGUAGGAUAGACCUGAGCAAUAACCAGAUCUCGGAAAUUGCACCUGAUGCCUUCCAAGGCCUGCGCUCACUCAAUUCUCUAGUCUUGUAUGGAAACAAGAUCACUGAGCUGCCCAAAGGGGUGUUCGGGGGCCUGUAUGCACUGCAACUACUGCUCCUGAAUGCCAACAAGAUUAACUGCAUCCGGGCAGAUGCCUUUGCUGAUCUGCAGAACCUGUCGCUGCUCUCGCUCUAUGACAACAAGAUCCAGACCCUGGCCAAGGGCACCUUUGCCACCCUGCGUGCCAUCCAGACCCUCCAUCUGGCCCAGAACCCGUUUAUCUGCGACUGCAACCUCAAGUGGCUGGCGGACUUCUUGCGUGCCAAUCCUAUCGAGACAAGUGGCGCUCGCUGUGCCAGCCCCCGCCGCCUGGCCAACAAGCGCAUUGGACAGAUCAAGAGCAAGAAAUUCCGCUGCUCCCCCAAAGAGCAGUAUUUCAUUCCAGGUACAGAGGAUUACCAGUUGAACAGCGAAUGCCACAGUGAUGUGGUCUGCCCACCCAAGUGCCGCUGUGAAGCCAACGUAGUUGAAUGUUCCAACCUAAAACUGACGAAGAUCCCAGAGCGUCUCCCACAGGCCACGGCUGAACUACGCUUGAAUAACAAUGAAAUCUCAGUGCUGGAAGCCACAGGCAUUUUCAAGAAGCUCCCGCACUUGAAGAAAAUAAACUUGAGCAACAACAAGGUGUCAGAGAUUGAGGACGGGGCCUUUGAAGGGGCAGCCUCCGUCAGCGAGUUACACCUGACCGCUAACCAGCUGGAAUCUGUACGCAGCGCCAUGUUCCGGGGCCUCGAUGGGCUGCGGACGCUGAUGCUGAGGAACAAUCACAUCAACUGCAUCCACAACGACAGCUUCGCAGGGCUGCGUAAUGUGCGCCUUCUCUCCCUGUACGACAACCAGAUCGGGACGAUUGCGCCUGGCGCAUUUGACACACUGCAGUCACUUUCCACUCUGAACCUGCUGGCUAACCCCUUCAACUGCAAUUGCCGUCUGGCCUGGCUGGGUGACUGGCUUCGCAGGAGAAAGAUUGUGACAGGGAACCCCCGCUGCCAUAAUCCGGACUUCCUGCGCCAAAUCCCACUGCAGGAUGUGGCCUUCCCCGACUUCAGGUGUGAGGAAGGUCAGGAAGAGACCAGCUGCUUCCCACGCCCUCAGUGCCCCCAGGAGUGCACUUGUCUGGACACGGUUGUCCGCUGCAGCAACAAGCACCUGAAGUCCCUCCCCAAGGGGGUCCCCAAGAACGUCACAGAGCUCUAUUUGGAUGGCAACCAGUUCACCUUAGUCCCUGGGCUGCUCUCCACCUUCCGUUACCUGCAACUGGUGGAUCUGAGCAACAACAAGAUCAGCUCUCUCAGCAACUCAUCCUUCACCAAUAUGAGCCAGCUCACCACUUUGAUUCUUAGUUACAAUGCGCUGAAGUGCAUCCCCCCUCUGGCCUUUGAGGGUCUCCGUUCGCUACGGUUGCUGUCCCUCCAUGGAAAUGAUAUCUCCACACUCCCUGAAGGGAUUUUUGCUGAUGUCACCUCCCUGUCUCACUUAGCCAUCGGCGCCAACCCCUUGUACUGUGAUUGCCACAUGCGCUGGCUCUCAGGCUGGGUCAAAACUGGGUACAAAGAGCCUGGCAUUGCCCGUUGUGCUGGUCCUGCUGAUAUGGAGGGCAAACUGCUGCUCACCACUCCAGCCAAGAAGUUCGAGUGUCAGGGCCCUCUUCCUCUGAACAUCCAGGCCAAGUGUAACCCCUGCUUCUCCAGUCCCUGCCAAAACAGGGGCACCUGUCACCAGGACCCUCUGGAUUCCUACCGCUGCACCUGCUCCAGCAGCUUCAAGGGUCGAAACUGCGAACUCUCUCUCGAUGGUUGCUCCAGCAGCCCCUGUGAGAAUGGGGGGACCUGUCUCUCCCCUGAAGAGGAUGGUGCCAGCUUCAUCAGGUGUUCCUGCGCAGAUGGAUUUGAAGGUCCGACCUGCAGUCUAAAGACUAACAACUGCAACAGUAGCCACUGCAAGAACAGUGGAACAUGCGUCAGUGGCUCUAGCAACUACACCUGCUUGUGCCUUCCCUUUUACACAGGAGCUUACUGUGAGCAGCUCAUGGAUGUCUGUUCCCCAGAGCUCAGCCCCUGCCAGCAUGAGGCCAAAUGCAGGGCCUCCCCUGAUGGACCCAAGUGUGAGUGCAUGCCCGGCUACGUGGGAGAUAACUGCAGUGUUGACUACGAUGACUGCCUGGACCACCGGUGCCAGAACAAUGCCCAGUGCCUGGAUGAGCCCAAUGGGUAUUCCUGCCUUUGCACCGGAGGCUACAGUGGCCAGCUCUGUGAGAUUCCACCCCGUGGCUCCCUCCAACCCAGCCCCUGUGAAAGGGCAGAAUGCCAGAAUGGUGCCAACUGCAUGGAGCUGGGCAGCCGUGCUUUGUGCCAGUGCCUUCCUGGCUUUGGUGGGCCAAAAUGUGAGAAGCUGUUGAGUGUCAACUUUGUGGACCGGGACACGUACCUCCAGUUCACCGACCUGCAGAACUGGCCCAGUGCAAAUAUCACUCUACAGGUCUCAACGGCGGAGGACAAUGGGAUCCUCUUGUACAAUGGGGAUACAGACCACAUGGCUGUGGAGCUCUACCAAGGCCAUGUGCGUGUCAGCUAUGACCCAGGCACCUACCCUAGCUCUGCCAUUUACAGUGCAGAGACCAUCAAUGAUGGGCAGUUCCAUACAGUGGAACUGGUGACAUUUGAGCGGAUGGUAAACCUCUCCAUUGAUGGCGGCGACCCCAUGACAAUGGACAGCUUUGGCAAGGCCCACACGCUGAACUCGGAGGCUCCUCUCUAUGUUGGGGGGAUGCCCGUGGAUGUGAACUCUGCUGCCUUCCGCCUCUGGCAGAUCCUGAAUGGCUCCAGCUUCCAUGGCUGCAUCCGCAACCUGUACAUCAACAAUGAACUUCAGGACUUUACAAAGACCCAGAUGAAGCCAGGAGUGGUGCCUGGCUGUGAGCCUUGCCGCAAACUCUACUGCCUGCAUGGCAUUUGCCAACCCAACACUGCUCAUGGCCCCGUUUGCCACUGUGAUCCAGGCUGGGUUGGGCCCCAUUGUGACCAGCCCAUGAGAGACCCCUGCCAGGGGCACAAAUGUGUUCAUGGACUCUGUGUGCCCCUGGAUGAACUCUCCUAUAGCUGCCAGUGCCAGGAUGGUUACAAGGGAGCUUUGUGCAACCAGCAAGGGGAGCUCCACAAUCCAUGCAAGAGCUUGCAGUGUGUUCAUGGCCAGUGCCAGAUCUCGGACACAGGCGAGGCCUACUGUGAAUGCAACGGGGGAUUCGAUGGAGACCUCUGUGACCAAGAGUCGGAGUGUCGGGGCGAGACUGUGCGUCAUUUCCAGCAGAUCCAGCGCGGCUAUGCCAUCUGCCAGACCACACGCCCGGUAUCCUGGGUGGAGUGCCGGGGAUCAUGCCCAGGCCCCGGCUGCUGUACAGGACUGCGCCUCAAGCGCAGGAAAUACACCUUUGAGUGCAGUGAUGGCUCUUCCUUUCUGGCAGAGGUGGAAAAACACAGCAAAUGCGGCUGUUCCCAGUGCAUGUAGCCUCCAGCAAGGGACAGGCCAGAUCCAGAGACCAGUGGGCCAGGGCUGCCCUAACAGAGAGGCCUUGGGGACAUCCUUGCCACCUCCUCUUGUCCCUGUUGCUGCUUGGGGGAAGAAGGGUCAGCGGGUAGGACAUUCAGUUUGGCAACUGAGCAGCUCCUUUGGCAUGGUGACCGUGGCUCUUCUGGAUGGACCAGACAAAGGUGUAGAUAGAAGACUUUUGCUGGAGAAUCCAGCUCAACAGAUGUAUUUAUAUCCAGCACAGACUCUCUCUGGGGCCACUCUUUGUGCACAGUAUGAAUUCUUGUCAAGCCUGACCAUGCCUGUUCGUCUUGCCCAGUGUGGUGCCCUGAGUGGCCAUGCCCACGGCUUAUGACUGGAUGCUAUCAUUUCAUCUUUUUGUCAUUUUGCCUGGUGUCGGAGCUGCCAGUCUGCACCAUGCCUUUCUUUUUUGUGGGGCAGUUUGGCUCCCCCCCCCCCAUUCCCUCAUUGCUGAGUAGCCACUCACAUUCUUGUUCUUGCCACCCACUCCAUUGCAACUUCAUUUCCUGUUCAUGGGGCUGAAUUGCAAGCAACACACAGGCAGAGGCUACAGCUAGGAUAAAAGUCAGGAGGGAUGUGUGCCCUUACAGAACUGGAGCACAGAAUUUUAUUUUAUUUUUUAAUAGCUGAAGGGAUUGCAUGAGCAGCUACUUCUUACCCACCUGAUGGUUGCAAGGUAGUGAUUUUAAAAACAAGCUUAAGACUGCAGUGGGUCAUGGGUUCAGGUAUGUGUCACUUAUUAGUAAAAAGGCACCAGGCACACUCCACCAGUUACCAUUUGCUUACCUGGGAGUAAGCCCUGUUGAACACAGUGGGCCUUACUUCUGAGUAAGUAUGUAUUGGACAAAGGUUGGAGUAUCCUUGGCCAAUUCUCUUCCCACUAUACUUCCACUGAGUGGGACAGGGACCCAGUUCUAUGGCCACAGUUGUCGAUCUGGCACUUUCCAUGACAUGAAUUAACAUCAGGGAGAAAAGCAGGUUUCCCUUGCUCCACCCCUACUCACACCUUUCACCUUUCCACAGUACAGAUUUGUCUUCUGUCCAAAUCCCAGCUGCUUUCUGUAACAAAAGAUCUGGAUACCAAGGGUGGUGCCUGUUCUGCAAUCCACCAGCUGCCAAAUCUAGGAUGAUCAUUUUUAUAACCAUCAUGUUCACAUUUGCCUGCCUUUCGGAGAGGCAGAGGGGAUAAGAAAUGAAUCGCAUGUGUCUCUUGCACUCCGUUUACUGUGGCAUUCAUAUUCCAAAAUGCAAUAUCAUAUAUUUGGGCCCACCCACAUAAUACCCUUGGACUCCUGUAAGGGGGAGCAAGGUAAGGUGAGUCAGCCACUGCCUACACCAGAAGCCAACUGCAGGCUCCCAAAUCAGGUGAUAAAGAACUUUUGCCCACCUGUGGCACAGAUGAGAUUAGGCCUGUGCUAUCUUGGCAGCAUUGAAGGGAAUAAGGUGAAUCUCCAACAUUUAGGCAUUUAAAAUAAACUAAGCUGACAGUGUCUCCUUUU